AUGUCUGCCCCUUCUGAACCACCCCCAUCCUACGCAGUGGCCACUGGGUCAUCCACUGCCUCAUCAAAACCUCCAGCUUCUUCACAUCUUGGAGUCCCUCAAGAAAAGAAUGGAAUCCCAGCAGCGGCUAGAAGAUCGAUGGAAGACCUGCAGAGACCCUUACCUGAAGGGUGGGUGCGCUCAUAUGACCCCAAAGAGAACCACCAAUUCUUCGUCAAUACCAAGGAAGAUCCACCAAAGUCGUACUGGGAACAUCCCCUCGAUAUACCUGAUGUGGUCAGGAGUCUAAGCCCCGAAGAGCGCGAAAGAUUGCAAGACGAAGAAGACAAGAUGAGGAAACGAGCUGCGCACACUCCCGAACCCUCUGAUGACGAAAGUCAUGCUCAUCCCGAGUUGCCACCACGUCCAAAUCAGGCUCAAAACCCGACGAAAAAGACGUUUGGCGAGAAAUUCAAAGACAAGGUGACUGGCACCACUCACGAAGAGCGCGUAAAGGCCAGAGCCGAACGGGAGAAAGAGGAGCGUGAAUACUACGAAGCACACAUGAGACUUCGACAAGCAAUGCAAAGAGCAGAGAUGACUGGUCAACCGCAGUGGUUCGCCAAAGAUCGAGACGGAAAAGACAUCUACAUCGAACCCUCAACUUCAGGUUACGGCUACGGUGGAUACGGUCCCAGAGGUUACGGUGUCAAUCCUUACACCAGUGGUCCCUAUGCGAACCCCAAUGCCAGGUUUAUUCGGCCUGGUUAUCCAUAUAGUCGACCUUAUGGCGCGUAUGGCGGCGGCGGACUCGGCAUGCCUGUUGCCGGUGGUUUGCUCGGCGGCCUACUGCUGGGAGGGUUGCUAUUCUAA